AAAUUUAAUUUAAGAAAUAAAAAAUUUUUGUUCAUAAAAGUAUAUUAUUAAUUAUAUAAUUAAAUUUAGUUUACGUUAUUUAACAUUUUAUUAUAGUAUUCAUUUACAGGAUAAUUUGGAAUGGAGACUUAUGACGUAAUUGUUAAUCAACCAGUUGUUAUAGACAAUGGAUCUGGAGCAAUUAAAGCUGGUUUUGCUGGAGAACAAACUCCUAAGUGUUGUUUCCCAAAUUAUAUUGGCAGACCAAAACACGUUAGAGUCAUGGCUGGAGCCUUAGAAGGAGAUACAUUUAUUGGACCAAAAGCUGAAGAGCAUCGAGGUUUACUCUACAUUAAAUAUCCUAUUGAACAUGGAAUAGUUACUGAUUGGAAUGAUAUGGAACGAAUAUGGCAGUAUAUUUAUGGUAGUGAUCAGCUUCAAACUUUUUCUGAGGAACAUCCUGUUUUAUUGACUGAGGCUCCUUUAAAUCCACGAAGAAAUCGUGAAAGAGCAGCAGAAAUAUUUUUUGAAACUUUUAAUAUUCCUGCAUUCUAUGUUUCUAUUCAAGCUGUUCUUAGUUUAUAUGCUACUGGACGUACAACAGGGGUGGUUUUAGAUUCAGGAGAUGGAAUUACACAUACUGUUCCUAUAUAUGAAGGUUUUGCUAUGAAACAUGGUAUAAUUAGAUUAGAUUUAGCUGGUCGUGAUAUUUCUCGAUACCUUAAGUUGUUAUUAAGAAAGGAAGGUUUAAAUUUUUCUACAUCUGCAGAAUUUGAAGUUGUCAGAGCUAUAAAAGAAAAAGCCUGUUAUGUAGCUUUGAGUCCAGUUAAAGAAGAAACAUCAGAAAGCAGUAUAUAUCAAUAUAUGUUGCCUGAUGGAAAUAAAGUUGAUAUUGGACCAGCUCGUUUUCGUGCUCCAGAAGUGUUGUUCCAUCCUGAUUUAAUAGGUGAAGAAUGUGAGGGCUUGCACGAAGCUUUGGUAUAUUCAAUACAAAAAUCUGAUUUAGAUGUACGGAAAAAAUUAUAUCAAAGUAUUGUUCUUGCAGGAGGUUCAACUUUACUAUCUGGAUUUGGAGAUAGAUUAUUAUCAGAAAUCAAGAAAUUAGCGCCCAAAAAUAUGAAAUUAAAGAUUUUAGCACCACAAGAACGUUUAUACACCACGUGGAUUGGAGGUUCAAUUCUUGCAUCAUUGAGUACAUUCCGAAGAAUGUGGGUCUCAAAACGAGAGUUCUUUGAAGAGGGAGCACGAGUUAUACAUAGAAAAACCAUGUAGUUUGUUAAAUCAAUUGUAAUUGAAAUGGUCUGAAUACAGAUGUUCAAAUGAAUUUAUUUUAAAGUACUCACCUAAUUAAUGGUGUUUCUUUUUUAUUGUACAAUUAUUUUAAUCAUGAUCGUUUCUCACUAUUCCUUAAAAACUGUGCUUUUGUAAAUAUAAGCCAUAAUGGCAUUUAUGCAUAAGCUCAUUGUUUUUAUAUAUUUUUGUUUCGCUUCUAAUUUUAUUAUUAUUAUUAGGAUUAAGUAUAUACAGAAAGUAGAACUAACCAAGUGUUAUAAAAAAAAAUUCAAGUAUUACAAUAUUUUAAUUAAAAAAACUGCUUUUGGUAUACUUUUGUAUAUUAUCACAUUAUUAUAUUAACAAAAAAGCUAAGUGUAAAAAUUUGUAAAUAAUUUUAUCAAUACUGUUUGGUAAUGCAAAAUUUAUUAAUUAAUCAAUGAAAAAAUAAUUGAAAAAUUAUAAAGUGUGAUAAUGCAUAUUCCAAGACCAAUAUAUAUAUUUUUUUU